AAAAGUGACCAUCCCUCCACCGUGUGCGACGUCGACCUCAUCCCGUCGAUUCUGUUGCCAGGUCUCUCUAUUCCAUAUACCAUCGUCAGCCGAGACUGAAGAGGGUACUCUGUGCUUCUUGCCUUGCUGAAAAAAUUGCAGGGGUAGACUUGCCCGGCAGCAGCCAAGGACGCCACCACUGCGUUUUUUCUCCAGCAGCCCAGUAGCAGCCAAGCAGCCCAGCAGCUAGCUCGGACCAUCCAAAAGGCACGCCUUUGCUGUGCGUCUGCCAUCGAUUCGACCUUCGACAGCUCUCGACCCCGACUUUUUUCUCUUCUCUUCUCUUUUUCACGACACACCUUACGACCCCCUUUUUUCUCGCUCGCUCGACUCUCUCGCUCCUUCAUUCGAAAGAGCGACCUUGGAUCCGAAUAUCGACGUCGCUGCUGACUCCGUUGUGUCCGUAGUGCUCGAUAUCUUUGGUCCGUUUCAACUGCAGAUGCCAGUUCCAGUUCCAGUUCACUCAAAACAGCCUGCGCAUCCCGUUAUCAAGAAACAUCACAUCGACGACGGCCAUUCAAAUCCCUUUUUUAGUCUGACUUGCUCUCUCCCCGUGGCCCCCACGGGCCCACCUCCCUCCUUUGGCACCCGCGAGCAGUGGAUCAACUCGCUGCCAUCGUGGAGGAGGACAAAGCCUCGCAGGAUCUGGGAGGAGGACUCUCGUCUUGUAGCCCGUCGUUUAGAGCAGGAUUUUUCUCAAGGGUUAGCUGUCGCGGCCAACGCGUCUGUUAUUAAAGGAGCGCACGCUGAAGCGUGCAUUCCGCCCCUGUUCAAUUUUCUUCAGUCACCCGACCUACACUCUUCUCCACUCGACGGUGACGCCGACGACGAAAUGAGCUCAGAAGGCUCUACCGUCAGCCAGCCUCGUUCUGGCGGUCAAUGGGGUGAUGGUUCCCCUGAAGAGCAUCAGCCACAGCGUGACGAUAUCAAGAUGUCUGUCCACCCGGCUCCAGCGGCUUCGUACGAGAGAGGCGCAUUUUCACCCAUCUUCGAGGAAACAUCUCCCGGAGAUAACAGCGGCUCAAGUCCUAUUGGGCCCGCCACCCCAUUUGCCGACUUCGUUGACCGCGCUGUCGCAGCCGAUGGUUACGAUGUUGAAUAUGGUGUUCCUGCCAUUUCCACUGACGACAUGCCCUACGGCAUCAACAAGUGCGACUAUGAUUAUUAUCAGCCGCAGCCAUCCAUCGUCGAAGAACCCAAAGAGCCAGUCCUAGCUCCCGAGGUGGUAACUCCAUCUGCAUCUGUUGGGUACAAAAAGUUGGCCGAGCCACUAUCCGAGUGGAUUGCAAAUUAUGUCUGGAAGACUUGUUCUACUGAGGGUGCCUUCCCUUUCCGCGGCACACCACCCACGUUUUCGAGGCAGUAUCCAAGGGACCCUCCUGAAUACCUUGCUUCCCUUAUUCAUUCUUUACUGUUGUCCACCCUUCUGCAGCCUUCCGCCAUUUUCCUUGCUCUCUGGUAUAUUGUUCGACUUCCAGUCUCCUUUGGGACGAUUACUAUCAGCGAUGAAGACGUCAAAGAACUUCGUUUUAGAGCGGCUCUUCUCGGCACAGAUCACGGGCACAAUCAAGAGAUGAUGGAAGCUAGUGCGCCCUUCCGUCUUGCGGUUUUGGGGUGCAUGCUCGCCAACAAGUGGCUUGAUGAUCACACAUUUUCGAACAAGACUUGGCAUACAAUUUCCAAUGUUCCCAUCCAUGCGCUGAAUCAUCUCGAGUCCCUUGCCUUGGACAUUUUCGGCUACGACUUGUCGAUUACCAAUGAACAUUGGUCGCAGUGGCUUUCGCAUGUGAUGUCGUACCAUUUGUCAUUGUCGUCGUCUCAUCCUCAGCCCAUUUCCCGUCCAUCGGCCAAUCCACACUCCAUUAUUCGUAAGGCUAUCGAUGAGGUCAUCAAGGCACCGGCUGUCUGUAAUUUUGAUCCCUCUCGUCCUCAGCCUGUGUUCAUUGGCUUGGAGGAACGUCGGAGAGAAAAGCUAGAGAGGGAGCAAGCCAUGGCACUCGAGCUCGCCGAGUUCGACAUCGAUGAGGGUGGUCCUCUCCGUGAGGAAUAUAUACCCAAACGACGGGUUAGUGGUGCUAGCUCUACCUACAGCAGUGGCUCCAGGGAGAACGAUUCUCACGUUUCAUCCGGUUGGGAUAGGCAUAAUGCGCAACCCGUCAAAGGAUUGCCUCCGCCUGCCAAGUGGAGUCCUGCAGGAGAUGAGCCCAUUUUGAGGGACAGGAACCGCGGUAGUGCGCAGUACAUCGCAGUGCAACCGCCUCCGUUGAAUGCAGUUUCCUACCAUCUGGUACCCGCGUACCCCCAUGAAGUAGGAUACCAGGGUCAUCAUUGGCCCACGGCCGGUACCUAUGUACAGCACGCUCCGAUGUCUCUGGCCUAUGCCUACGACAUGGCACCCUCUUCGCCAUCCUGCGCUUCCUUUUCGCAUUCUCGUUCGCAUUCGCAACCUUACCAAGAGACUACAGAUAGUCGUAAUCAUCUGCGCUCAUACUCUCAGUCACAGUUCCAAUAUCGCUGCAGCGACAUCCGCAUGACUGCAAACGAAGCUCCAUCUCCUCCUGAGUUGGAUGGACAAUGGGGUAUUCACGGCCAAGGCGUAUCCUCCUCCUACGUUUACUCCUCAUUCACAGCGCCAGCUACCAAUCUGCUUGGCUCAGGACUUGAGCACAUCGCCUUCGUUUUCUCGAUUUCUCUGGAACAAACCACAGAAUGCUCGAUUCCCCCUUAG